AGGUUCUAUUUUUAAGCGACUUAAUAAUUUUUAUCGAACACCGCUGCAAAGCAGCACUUCCGUAGCGCGAAACAGUAAAAAUAAAAAGAUUAAUAGCUCUAUUAUUCCUGCAUUUAUUACUGGAUUGAACAUAAAAAUUGCAGGUAGAAUUAUGACACAACCUUCUAGACCUCGACAUACUAUUAAUCUUAUUAGACGAGGUGCUAGUGCCAGAGGUAAAAUUAAUUAUUUAAAUUUUGCUAGAUUAACC